UCCACAUUUCAAUUCUACAUUUCUACCCAAGAAGGAGACUUCUAGUUAAGAACUUAAGACCGUUUGUUAACUUCCCCAAAAUAAAUCACAGAAACGUUUUCAAUACGUUUCGAUUCAAUCGCCAUAACCAUUGAUAGUCGGGCAAUGCUGGGUUGAGGUUCUCUUCGAUCAUUAAUGGUGGCGACAAUGUCGAACGUUCAAGUUUCACCUUCAACUUCGUCUUCUUCUUCUUCUUCUUCAACUGAUUAUUCUUUGAAUUCGUCAUCAAUUUUCACCAACAUUCCUCUGAUUUCCGCGCUUGUUGCUUUUGUUCUUGCUCAAUCACUCAAAGUUCUCACCACCUGGUACAAGGAAAGGAGAUGGGAUCUUAGACAGUUUAUUGGUUCUGGUGGAAUGCCGUCAUCCCAUUCUUCCACUGUCACAGCUUUAGCUGCUGCCAUCGGGCUUCAUGAUGGGUUUGGAGGUUCAGUAUUUGCAGCUGCAUUGAUCUUAGCAUUUGUGGUCAUGUAUGACGCAACUGGUGUGAGAUUACAUGCUGGACGACAAGCUGAGGUCCUGAACCAGAUAGUGUAUGGUCUGCCUGCUGAACAUCCUCUUGCAGAAAGGAGUCCAUUGAGGGAGCUUCUUGGCCAUACUCCUCCUCAGGUCGUUGCUGGUGGAUUGUUGGGUAUCGUAACAGCUACCAUGAUUUACGCGAUCGUCAGUAUUGCUACCCGGAUUUCACAGUAGAAAAGAAAUCAUCGGUCAUUCAUCACAUUUCGAACCAUUGCAUAUAUGUUGGUAAAAUUGAUAGCAUCGAACUGGGAUUUUUUGGCAACGAACUGGGAUUUACGACAGUAGUUUCUUUAAAUGCAUUUUACUACUCAUUGCAUUUGUUGCAGUGAAGAUACUAGUUUUGUUAGAGAUCUGUUGUGUCUGCUAUACUACAGAUCAAUGUCUAGGCAUCUGAAAGGUAUACAUACCCUUUCGGUUUCGGCUUUUAAACUGUGAAGUUGGACAAAGUACGGAAGGGGUUUUAACUGUAGAGUGUAAAACGUUGAUGGGAAAAAAAUAGAUGUAAUAUACAGCUUCUGGGACUUCGUUUACAAAGCUAAGUAUGGCUCUGCAUCUUAUGGGAUGUAAUAUACUCUUGUUGAUGUUUUUCCCCCCAAUAUUUUGUUUGUCAUCUUA